UCUUCCACGAGAACAGUGAGCGCGUGAUUUAGAAUUACCGUUAUUUUCCGUUAUCUUCUAACCGUUGGCCUUCUUCUAGAUUUCACUUCAACCGUUAACUCAGCCAGUCCAAGAUGUAUUCUAUAGUUGUUUUUACUGAAAAGAAUGAGACAGAGGUGAUACCAAGUGACUGGCUGAGCAUCGACAAAAAAAUUUCCUUUUGGCCCCCAUAUAAUGGUACAAAAUGUAGAAAAGCGGUUGAAAAAAAUGAAACUCCUGAUGAAGAAUGGAACGAAUAUAUAACUGAAUGGGUGGCUGAGUAUGAUUCCUAUGAAAAAGCCAGAAGAAAGCUGGUGAAGUUUUGUAAAGGCAACAGUUUGGAGUCUACAGAUGAGGACAGUGUACGGAAAAGAGUACCAUCAUCAAAAUAUGUAAAUGGAUUUACAUCUAAUACAGCCUCAGGAAGACCUCCAGUGCAGGCCUCAACAAGCUGGCUCCACACAGAGACAAUGGAAAGACCAAAAAAAAAAAAACUUCUGCAGUAAUGGAGCCAAAAGACUGAAUUUGCCAGCCAUACCACCAUUUGCACCAUCAGCACCUGCUGUGACAGUCCCUGAACCAAGAAAAGAUGAAAGAGAACUCCGGCUCUACCAGAUGCUGGAAGAGAUAAAGGGUCAAGUCAGGCAGAAUACGCUCCUCCUUCAGGCCAUUAUGCGAAGAGAGAAUGCAGCUGAAGUUGUAAAUGAGGAGUUUCAGUUUCCAUUAAGGAGCAUGGCAGGCAUAAAAGAUCUGGAGGAUAGGCUGUCAAACAGAGACACACAACGUUCUUUAACAAGAUAUCUUACCAGCUUGGGUGGAACAUCUGCCAAAGACAUUGUCCACAGAAUCAUGAGGGAAAUAAUAACCAAUGAGUUGGCCAACAAUUUUAAUUGGCAAGGGAGAGGACAGAAGAGCCCAUUUUCUACACUCUUGCUAGCAAAAGUUGUUAUAGAUGCAGCCAAAAAACAAGGAGCAAAAGUGGUGGAAGCCGAGGAAAAAAUAAAAACCUGGCUGAAGUAUAGUGGAGACCGAAAUGGAGGAAGAAAAAAAAGAGCAACAGAAAAAGAAAAGCAGAAGCCUCAAGCAGAUUCCAGCAGCUGUGAAAGUGAAUGAGUAUGCUGCUACUUCUCCUCCGCUCCGUCUUCAUCAUCAGAGCCACACACAAUCUCUAAUUUGCUUCAAAAAACUCUGCAGAAUAUGGAAGAGAAUCUGCACAUUUUCUCAUUAAACUGCAAUAAGUUAAUUUUGUUACCAAUAAAUUCAUUUUUAUAACCAA